AUGGGGCGCGCGAAAUUGAACAUGGAACUGAUAAGCAAGGAGAAAUCAAGAAACGUAACGUUCAAGAAAAGAAAGGAGGGUUUGAUGAGAAAAAUGCAUGAAUUCGCCACUUUGUGUGAUGUUAGUGCGUGCAUGAUAAUCUAUCCCCCAACACAAGACAAGAACACAGUUGAGCCAGAAACGUGGCCACAAAAUCUCGAAGAAGUACGGAGAAUAAUCGACAUAUACAAGAACAAGAACAAAGAUUGUGGGAACAAAACGUUCGGCCUGUCUGACUUUUUUCACGACCGGAAGCGGAAAAUCGAAGAAGAGCUUGUGAAAUUGCGGAAAAAGAACAUGGAAGCCAAGUACCCUACACGGAUGAAGGUGAUGGAUGAACUGUCAGAAAUUCAGUUGAGGGAGUUUUAUGCCUUGUUGAGCAAUAAGGCCGAAUACGUCAAGUCUAGGAUCGAAAUGUUGAAAAGAAACGACAAUGGAUUCGAUAUGAAUAUGAUGGAUUUCGGACAUGGAAGAUUGAUCCAAAGAGGCAUAGAAUUCGAGGUGAUAGAUCAGCAAGCAAUUUCCUCUAUGAAACCAAUUGAAAUGCAUAUGCCUAUCCAUUAUCCAAGUACUGAUCAUCACCAAGAAAUGCAUUCUGUGAAUCAGAAUUCAAUGAUGAUGUUUUUGAUGAAUGACAAUGAUUGUUUGCAAUUUGGUGGUGCGUCAAAUGGAAGUAAUAUUCAGUGUGCUUCAUUUAAGAGGCAGGUGUUUUAUGAGUCGACGGCUGCCGCUGGGCUCGGGGGGGUGGUGGACAAUGUAAUGUGCCAUAAUCCGAUACCGCUAGCGCGAUACUAUGCGGUGGCUCCGCCUGUCCUGCCGCCCGUUCCACCACCGUACAUGCAGUGUGGUAUUGCGCCGCCACUACUUAAUUCUUUGAAGGAGAGUGAUGAACAAGAUGCUUUUGAAUGUCAAAUCAAGAACCAGAGGGCAAUGUACUAUGAUUGA